GCUGUCCAACAAUUUUCUUCUAAACCAGCUGCUCUUGAUUUGCACGAUUUAGAGCUUGUAAAUGUGAAGCUGGAUCACGCAUCAAUCACCAGAGAGCUUUGUGUACGCGACGCAGUCUCGGAAGUUGCCGCUAUCACUGGAGAAAAUGUGAGACUUCGAAGAGCUUUAUAUAUGUCUUCGCAAAGAGGGAUCGUGUCCUCGUAUUUGCACAUGAGUCCGGCAUCAGGUUUAUCUCGGCUCGCGGGGCUCGUUUCGCUCGAGGUUGAAGAUGAUCAAGAAGGCUCGCAUUCGGAAACACUGAAAAGCUUGGGCUCGUCUCUUGCAAUGCAUGUUGUUGCUGCAAGGCCGCUGUUUUUGUCUAAGGAACUCGUGGACUCUGAAGUACUGGAGCAUGAGCGGAACAUCUGCAAAGCACAGGCCUCGACUGCUGGAAAGCCAGAGAACGUCGUUCAGAAGAUGGUCGAAGGCAGGCUUGCCAAAUACAUGGAAGAGGUUGUUCUUCUGGAGCAGAAGUACGUUGCAGACGAAACGAAACGGAUCAAAGUCCUGCUAAAAGAGACGGCCAAAGAAAUCGGGAAGACGGCCAAGAUCGAGGGAUUCCUGCGAAUAGAAGUCGGGGAGGGGAUCGAAAAGCUUGAAAAGGACUUUGCUGCCGAGGUUGCUGCUGCAGCACGAUGACAGGUUCGAUAUUCAAAACAAGUAGGUGCUUUUAUUCGAAUCAAAUCAAUUGCCAAAGACGCUGGCACAUUAUCUCGAGGACAAGACGCAAUGAACUAACGAAUUGGAAGGUACUUCUUU